GUCGUCAGCGGUUGAUCACAGGGCCUGGCAGGAGCUGCGAGGGAAGAUGGGGAGAAAUCCGAUCCAUAUGGUGGCACUAUAAAGCUCACUGCUGAUUUGCAAGCUUCAUGAAAACCCGGUCAAGGCUUCAUCACGUCUCGUGACGACCGGCAUCCUCGUUUCACACCUGCUCACCGCACUCGCAACAUCUCACUCUCUCCUCAGUAGCACCAGGUCUGUGCCUGACCCCGGCGGCGCCUCAGCAGAAACGCUCCAACGCUGAUUCUUCUUAGGGAGAUAUGAAGGUACUGGGCCAUGUUGCUUUCCUGCUGUUGCUCGGAGGAAUCUGGUGUCAGAACAACCGUAAUGCUAAAGCUAGCGGCAGGUCCACCAAGAAGUCUGCUGGGAGCCAGGGAGGUGAUGCUGGCCAGACUCCCUCUGGGGUGGAGCUGACUGGGAGCACUGGGAGCACUGGGAGCAACAGAGGGACCGGGGGCACGGGUGCUGCGGCGGAAGCAGGGCGUGAAGCGGCUGGAGGAGCCCGGGACGACAUGAGGCUGCACUUUCUCAAGAACACGCAGGUUACGUGCAACGAUGGCACAGCAGCUGGGUUCUACCUAAAAGAGUUCAGAGGAAGCCGCCGAUGGCUCUUAUUUCUGGAGGGCGGCUGGUGCUGCCACAGCAAGGAGACCUGCGAUUCCAGGUACCAGAAUAUACCGCGGCUGAUGAGCUCAUCGGGGUGGCCCCAAACCAGGAGAGGGAGCGGGAUCCUGUCCCCUCAGGCGGAGGAAAACCCACACUGGCACAAUGCAAACAUUGUGUUUCUCCCGUACUGUUCCAGUGACGUGUGGAGCGGUACCGGGCUCGCUCCGACGCCGCCUUCACGGCCGCGGCAGGGCAGAGACAAGGAGAGGGACCGGACUGCGAACGCAACUGAGUACACCUUCAUGGGGUCCCUGAUUAUCCGCGAGGUCAUCAAAGACCUCAUCCCCAAAGGAAUCAAGCAGGCCAAGGUCGUCAUGCUGUCUGGCACGAGCGCUGGAGGGACCGGCGUCCUGCUGAACAUCGACAGGGUGGCCGCUCAGCUGGAGCAGCUCGGCGCCGAGGCUCAGGUCCGAGGCCUGGUGGAUUCUGGCUGGUUCCUGGAGAGUAAGCAGCAGAGGUCCCCAAACUGCCCCGAGACCGUUUCCUGCUCGCCCGAGGACGCGAUCAAGAUAGGACUCAAGCUGUGGAGCGGCGUGGUGCCGGACCGAUGCCGCCAGCUCUACAAGAGAGGGGAGGAGUGGCAGUGCUUCUUCGGACACAAACUGUACUCAACGCUGACCUCCCCUGUGUUUGUGGUGCAGUGGCUGUUUGAUGAGGAGCAGCUGAGGGUGGAGAACAUAUACAUGGGAGGACAGAGCCUAUCUGAGGAGCAGUGGCAGUACAUUCAGAACCUGGGCGGUGAGAUCAAGGGCUCGCUGCGAGAUGUUAUGGGCGUCUUCGCUCCAUCCUGCCUCUCCCACACACUGAUCACAAAGAGUAACUGGAUGAAUUUCCAAGUUAAAGGCACUGCUUUGCCACGAGCCCUGCACUGCUGGGACAGAAGUCUGGAGGCAACUCGCAACAACCGAACCCCAGCUAAAGGUUGCCCAUUCCACCUGAUGGACGCCUGCCAGUCGCCCCAGUGUAACCCCACCUGCCCAGCGCUGGUGGACAAGGCCACCCAGCAGGAGCUCACCCUGCUCCAGAUGCUGGUCGCCAUGGGUCUGGACCUCCAGAGGCUCGGCCUGGAUCCCCAGAGAGAUGCUGAUUCUCUGGCCAGCAUGGUUAGCAAUGGUGGCUAAGGGCUAACGCAGGUGCCAGCCAAAGCCAGUAAAGGCUUGAGGAAAAAGUGUGCUGUAAUUUUAAUGUAACCAUAGAAAUAGUAGAAAAAUCUGGUUACUUCGUCUUGCGCUGCUCAGCAUUCCAUUAUGCUCCAUGUGUUUGUUAGAUUGGUGACUUGGCUGGUGGGUAUAUCACUGCAUGUGGGUCUGAGUGGUACGACUCCCCCUCUACUGGCCAUCAGAGGAAUGAGCUCUGACUUUAAACCAAAUGGUGUCUUAAUACUCUUGGUUGAAGAGCUUUGAGUUUUGGCAGGUGACUGGACAUACUUCCUCCAACAUUUCUUGCUGAUCACUCUACAUAAAAACUCAAAUUCAGAGGAAGGUAGUAGAGUUGAAUAUUUUUAAUAAAUAGCUGCUUCUUUUUUAGACUGAAGUCAUGGAAAAAAUGCUCACCAAAUAGUGUGGUGCUUGUAUUUAAAUCAGCUUUAAGUAAAGAUUUAUUUAGGCUCUGUCUGCCUAACAGCCAUAGCAGGUUUUCUUUUUGAUACACAGACUCUAAAUCCAAAUAUAUAAAAACUGCUCUCAAACUGAUUUUUGUACACACUUACAAAGACACUGAUUAUAAGUAACUUAGUUUAGUGUCUAAUGCUAUGCUGACUUAUCUACAAUACAUAAUAUAUGAACCUAGUUUUUAUGCAUGUCACACAAAAGAGUACUUCGCUUUUAAUAUUUUGUCUCUAUAAUCACUGUUCUACCAAAAUAUCUAUUAUGUAAAGUGUGUAAUCUAAAAAACAUUUCACCAAUUUGACAUGUGAAG